UCAGAAGUUACACUCAUUCAUACAACAGAAGGAGCGUGGCUGCUCACUGAGAAAAUUGCACUCACUUGUUUGUACCUCCUCAGUAGUGAAUUUGCAGCCAAGUGUGAAGAGCACGAACACAGAGAGAAAAGAUAAGUGUACCGAAGUUAAUAAAGAUGUUGGAUAGCCAAAGCAGAGACAUCUCCAGAACACUUCUGUCAGGUUUUCCACUGCACCCUGUACAUGCUAGAACAAGAUUAAAAAUGGUUACCAUCACAACUGAAAAUGUUACACAACUUUACAAUGUUAUGGCCACACAGGAGUUCACAAUCAGUCCAGCAGAUUUCCACAAUAAUUCAAGAGAGCAUCAGAUGAAUGAAUACAAAUGUAUUAAUCCAGAUGCAUGGAAAUGGCUACAGACUUUUCAGCCUGGAUUCCUUUGGAUUAUAUUUAUUUUGGGAACAGUAGAAAAUGCCUUUGUCCUUAUUGUCCUGUGCUUCCACAAGAGUCGCUGCUCAGUGGCUGAAAUUUACCUCGCAAAUAUGGCAUUUGCUGAUCUAAUGUUAGUCUGUUCUGUACCUUUCUGGGCCGUUAAUAUUUCUAACGAUUUUCAGUGGCCUUUUGGCCUGUUCCUCUGUAAAGCUGUCAAUACAAUCAGCUACAUGAAUUCUUAUUCCAGCAUUUAUUUUCUGACAUUAGUGAGCAUCGACCGCUAUCUAGCCUUGGUAAAAACCAUGUCUCUGGGACGGAUGCGGCGAACAGCCUGUGCCAAGUGGAAUAGCUUUAUAAUCUGGAUGUGUGCAUUGUUCAUAUGCUCACCUACAAUGCUGUUCAGAAACUUACAGUAUUUCAAAGAGUACAACAUCACAGCCUGCUCUCUUGUUUAUCCAGCACCCUACUGGCACCCUGUAAACAACUGCCUGCUGAAUACCGUGGGCUUCAUGAUCCCACUCUGUAUAAUUACCUAUUGCACUACUCAGAUCACCAAGGCCUUACGAAGUAACGAGCUACAAAAACUAAAGUUAAUCCAGACAGAGAGGAAAGCUACCUUGCUGGUCCUUGCUGUGCUCUUGCUGUUUGUCACUUGCUGGCUUCCAUUCCAGAUCAGCACACUCAUUGACACAGUCUGCUACCUAGCAGGGAAUUUGGAAUGCCUUGAAGACAUCAAUGACAUUGUGACCCAGAUAGCAAUCUACUGCGCCUUUAGCAACAGUUGCUUGAACCCAGUCCUGUACGUUAUUGUUGGUAAGCACUUCCAGAAGAAGGCAGUGGAAUUCUACAAGGACUUGAUCCCACAAAGGUGCAGAAAGUCACAGUCUGUGAAGACAGAGAACUCUCUGGACACUUUAAGAACUUCCAUUUCAAGUGAAUAUCUAAGGAAAAAGUCUGCUUUGCCAUUAUCACAAUAGCACAAUUUGUUCAUAAUGGAAAAAAAAAACAACAAAUACUUUUAACGUAUCAGUCACCUCUAAUAUCCAUCUGCUAUGGGCCAGCAGAAUGAACAUGUAGCAGCACUCAUCACUUGUCAGAAACCGAUGGUUUGAUCUUAAUGCAAACUCAAUACAGAUAAUUGCUUCUAAUAUUACUGGACUUUUUUUUUUUCCAAUUGAAUCAUUCUUUGUAGCAUAUUUACAUUUUCAUGGCUGAAUUAUAUUUUUUGUGUGUAUCAAUUGAAAUGUUUGUAUUUCUGUGGAAUAUAAGUGUCAGAAUGCACAUACAGUUCACUGAAUAGAGUCUCAGUCUAGAAGCUAUUGUUAGGGUCAUGCAACUACUAAUGGUACCUAUACCCUUUGAUAGAGUACAUUUUUUGAUAGGAUGGACUUGUACUUAUGUAAGUUUAAAUGAAUCCAGCAGGACUAUUAUUGAAAUGGAUUUUCAAAUACGGCCAUCUUCUGGGCUUUUCUUUUCUCUGCUCCAAAGUUAUUUACUCAAUUUACAAGAUGUGCCUUCUUGCAAGUUCUCUGACUGCUUGGUGCAGAUUUACAUUUGCCCCUAUGUAUGGAACAUGGUUCGGAAAAGGUAGAACAGUGAAGAAAUGAAGGCUGCAGCCAGCCUCAUGAAGGCAGUGGAGUUUUCUUUGUAGCAGGAGGCUCUUUACUCCUACAACUAAGUAAAACAUUCACUAUAGAGAGCUCCUUUAGAGUUAAUGUUAUUUACAUUCAUACCUAUCCAUCAGCUUAGAAACUUGUUUUUGAAUAUUCACAAAGCAUAAUUAAUAUUUGCAAUAUUAUUUAAUGGAAACAUAAAUGCUCAGCACAACUGGCACAAUCUCACAAGAAGAAGAAAUAAAUAUAGAGGAGAGCAUCACCUCACUGCCUUAGAAAGAUGACUGAAGCUAAUAGGGGUCGUGAAUGCUAGGAGUACUCAAAAAAAGGCAUUUUCAGACUCUACUGCUACCUAAAUUUUAUUUAUACAGUUAGUCUGACUGAUUCAAAUACAAGAUAACAAUUCCUAAAUUAGACUGGAUUUAAAAAUGAAAGAACUUUACACAAAAAAAGCUCAGUGUUCUGAAUAGCAAGUAUGCACUUUUACUUCUGGGAACCUCGAUCUAAAACCAAGCUGGAGAGGAUCUAAAAGCUUCUGAAAUUAACAGAGCCUUUCUGUUCCUUUCAAAGGACUUAAAGUUGGAGCCUUAAAACUCCCAAGAAAUAGAGUUUUGAGACAUCAGGAAACUCAAAUUGCUAACGUGUGGCCUUUAUUCAGAACAGCUAGACUGGAGUAAUUUCAUGAAUUCCAUGAGUGGAAUGAAGUUCCAUUCAAGCUAGGGAAUCUGUAUUCAACCUUCAAGUAACUAAACUAAAGAAAUGCUCUAGAAGUUUGUGACUGUGCUAUAAAAGCUAUAGGAUUUAGAUGGCUGCAGAUAAUUUAUAAACAAUUUCUAUAGGUUUCAUUUAAUCACAUGUUAUAAUUAUAUGUCAUAACUAUUUCUACUGUUUGUUCUAUAUAUGGUCCAAGAUGUCCGUGAUGAAACACUGCAAGUCUUUCUGUUAUCUCCAGUGUUACCAACAUUGUCUUGUCCAGGAGCAUGUUGUUCACACAGCCUUUAAGUGAAACCAUACAGAGGUCAUGGGCAUAAUGGAAGAGAAUUUUGAGUAUUUGGUACUGAGAAGUAAAAUAUGAUAAUGUUAUGACGUGUAAAGAAUAUGACAUUAAUUUAAAGUAUGUAAAUAAAUAGGUGUGUUAUUUUGCUAUACAGUAAAAAUGCACAAUAGAAAAUAAACUACCUUAACACAUGAAA